GCUAGAAAAGUGCGUUUUAGAAUGAUUAGUGGUGGGCAGCGCAGAGGCAGAUUAUACGGCUCCACACAACUGUUGUUUUAAUCCCCUGGAAGAAGAGAUUUAGCAAGAAAAACCCCAGCCUUUAAACCCAGCAGCCAUAUUGUAUGGAAAAGCGACGGGAAGACUCUAAUUUUCAGAAGAAAAAAAAAAAAAAAACUCCGCUCCUCAGAGACCUGCAGGAGUUUGGGGGAGUUUUAAAUUUCCUUUCACAGGUUGUUGGGUUUCUGCUGCACAGCCUAGCUCUGCAGCUGGCUGAGGAAUCCAGGCGCUGGGAAUAGUUUUCCAACCAAUUUGUUGGUGCAAUAUUGGUGUUGUCUUUUUGGAUUUGAACUGUUAUAUUACACAACUAAUAAUGAAGGACCGAUUGGAACAGCUGAAAGCGACUUGUGAUCAAGAUGAUGAGGAGGUGGAGAUCGCUGUGGACAACGCAGCCUUCAUGGAUGAGUUCUUCUCUCAGAUUGAAGACAUCAGGAACAGUAUUGAUAAAAUUGACGAGAACGUGGCUGAAGUCAAAAAGCUUUACUCAGUCAUCCUGUCGGCUCCCACGUCGGAUCAGAAAACACAGGAUGACUUGGAAUCAAUUACUAAUAACAUAAAGAAGAUGGCCAACAAUGCAAGAAACAAACUCAAGACCAUUGAGAGAAAUCUGGAGUCGGAGCAGCAGGAGAGGGUGUCAGCUGAUAUGCGGAUACGUAAAUCGCAGCAUGCAGUGCUGUCCAGGAAGUUUGUUGAGGUCAUGACAAAGUAUAACGAAGCUCAGGUGGACUUCAGGGAGAGGAGUAAAGGACGUAUUCAGAGACAACUUGAGAUAACUGGACAAGCGAAGACAGAUGAAGAGCUGGAGGAGAUGUUGGAAAGUGGAAAUGCUGCCGUUUUCACUGCUGGGAUUGUGGACUCUGGGAUCUCAAAACAAGCUCUGAGUGAGAUUGAAUCCAGGCAUAAAGAUAUUGUCCGUCUGGAAAGUAGCAUCAAAGAGCUGCAUGACAUGUUUGUAGACAUCGCCAUGCUGGUGGAGAGCCAGGGGGAAAUAAUUGACAACAUAGAGCAGAAUGUAUCCCAGUCAGUGGAUCACAUUAUUAAGGCGAAGGAGGAGAUUAAAAGAGCUGAAAGGUACCAGAGCAAGGCCCGCAAGAAAACUGUGAUUAUAGUGGUGGUUGUGGUGAUCUUACUGGCAUUGAUAGCGCUCAUAAUCGGGUUGUCAGUAGGAUUGAAAAACAGAGGAGCUGUUUGACUAAAAGAAGAGAUGUUGGUGAGUAAUUUUGGAGAAAAUCUUCAGUGUAGUGCUGUAACAAGUGGGAAGGAGGCAUGCUUUGGAAAAGAGGUUUCUUUUAGACUUGAAUGAGUGUGUUUUCUCCAAAACACACUCAAAUAAGCUGGGAGCUUAUUUGAUGUGUAGGUGUGUGUGUGUGUGCGUGUGUGUGUUGGCAUUUCUGGUCACUGCUAAAUGACUUGGUGUUAGUGGAGAGUUGGUUUGAUCUGCGAGGGAUUUAAAUGCUCCUGCUCUCUGUCACUAACUCUCCCUUCAUUGGGUCUCUGUCUCUCCCCUUCUGUAGAAGAUGAUCUUCAUCGGUGUGUGCUGUGCUGUGGUUUUAGUCGUCAUCCUCAUUAUCAUCCUCACUCAGACACUAUGAUGGGACCGCCGGAUCCCUGCCAUCAUCAUCGUGUGUUUUCUUCACCCAGAUCAUCCAUUUUGUUUCAUCAUCUGCUCAAAAAAAAGGAUUCAAAUUCCUGCGUAUGGAUCAGAGCUGCUGGUGUUAAAAAAAAAAAAAAGGGGGAAGAUGAUCUUUUGUGACUUCUUCAGUUCCAGACAAUCUACGGACGCUCUGAUGAGGAAAUGAGAACUGCAAUGCGGCUCACUACCUGCUUACACCUCUGUGGAAGCAACAAAAAGGGAACUGGGAAAAUAACUGACUGUUUCAUCACCUCUCCAACACCAAACAUUUCAUUGUUUUUAACAUUUGAUGCCAAAGUUGCACCCCUGUGUGUGUUUGUCCUAAGCUGUUCUUUAAACCAUGCAGGAGCACACACACACAUACACACCCCCACCCCCAGAUCCACUCUUCUUGCCUUAAUGAGCCUUGACACAUAUUACUACUUUAAAAGCUACUGAAUGUUUGCUUCUCCAGGUUAUGGUUGUUUUUAGAGAGUUCCAGCACUUUCACUGUUAAAAAUAUUGAAUUAAGCUAAGGUUUACGUAAUUAUAUUGUAAAUAACAGAAGUCAUAUUUGUGCACUGUUGACAGUCGUGUAAGAAAAUGUUCUUUUUCAAAUAUGAAGGACGACACAUUUCAGCAACAUUUGAAAGAAAAGACUAACAAGUAAUCCAUUGCCUUGAGAAGGUGCCUUAAAUUUAAUGUUGGCAAAUGGACUGUAAUAGAAACUGUUAAUGUGCUACCAAAGAGUUUGCAGACUUGAAUUAACACUAGUAAAUAUUUUUUUGAUUUAAGAAGUUUUUACAUAAAAGGGACAAUUAAAUCAUAAGGAAAGUAACAGCUCUUUUUAGGUGUAUUAAGUGAUUGUUUCCUCUGUAAACGUAAAGCUAAGCUGCCAGUUUAUGAAGUGCAUCCAUUCAAUUUUCUGUUAGAAUGAUGUCCAGAGCCAUUUUUUCUUCAUGUUUAUACAAUUAUUUUGUCAUCAUAUAAUUUACAAAGACUUCAAUAAUCAUUUUUAAUUAUAUAUACAUGAAUUGAAAUGAAAAAGUAACAUUAUGGAGCUUUUAUUUUAAUUUUAAAUAUUGUAUAAUGAGGUGAACUUCAUAAGCUGGUAGUUAAGUAGCAUUUUUAUUGGGCACCAUUAUUUUUUCUCUGUAGAUAAUAUUGCAGUCUGACAGUUUACAAAACAUUACAUUGGCUUUAGCACUUACGGUAAAGAAGGUGGUUGUGAGUUGUGUGCAUAUAAAGGCGAGAUGUCAUUUCAGUCAGUCAACAGGAGCCAAAGCAUUUUCUUUCUUUACAAGAUUCUGUGUCUUUACACUUUCAGGAAAUACUUGAAAUCAGCGUCCAGCAUGAUUUUUGUGGCCAUGCAGGUCACCGAAGGAAGAGUGGGGAAAAUUUAACCUUGUUGCACAUUUCUUAUGUCAAAUAUUUCAAAAGAAUUAAAGAUUUGUUUUUUUCUUAA